UUUUUUUUUGUUAUUAUGUGUGUGUGACUAGUAAAUGAUGGGUACUGAAAUAUAAUUUAUUUCUUAAAGUAUUUAUUUAUUCGCAAAUGUGCCGCUAGUGGUGCCCUUGUAGCUAGUUCCAUAUUUCUUUGUUAUUGCUCCGAACAUUUCAGUUGUGGUCGAUUUAGGACUUUUGGUCGCCUCUGUUUCGUGUUUCAAGUGUAUUACUUGCCCAGAAGAUGCCACGAUCGUCCAGCAAAUGGACCAGAAAGAAAACUUUCAAAGGUAAUCGGUUCACUUCCAAGAAAAGCAGUGAGAAACUGACACGACGAAGCGCAAGCUUUACGAAACUUGGUGGGACUAUCGGUGGUGAAUCCUUCGAUGUCGACAGGACGAGUACGACUGGCUUCCGCCUAAUCGACUUCGGUCUUCUCCGCAGCUUCUUGCAGGAUGUUGCUGUGUGUAAAAAGUGCAACAAGGGAGAAAUAAUUUUGGAAGAAGCUUGGCAUCCUGCAUAAAUGUCACCUGCAGCGAGUGCGAUGCUCUCAGUGUGCUCGAAACAUCCAGGCGUACUGCGGGCAACGUCUUUGAAGUAAAUCAACGGUUCGUUUAUGCCCUCCGCACCUGCGGAAAAGGAUUGACGACUGGUCGCAUCAUAUGUGCUGUGCUCAAUCUGCCGCCACCACCAACGAAGUUUGCAUCGUACAACGCGAGGCUUCUCGACGCAACCACGACCGUUGUGAGCAAAAGUAUGGCAAAAGUAUGGCAAAAGCUGCCGAAGAACUGAAGAAAGAGGCCUCUGCCUUUGAUGGGGAGCUGGAAUGUGCUGUCACAGUGGACGGCACAUGGAUGAAGCAGGGUUACUCCUCGCUACACGGCGUCGUAGCAGCAGUAUCAGCUGACACAGGAAAAGUGCUAGACUUCGAAGUUGAAUCUAAGUUUUGCCACAUGUGUGCCCGCAACCUUCACACAGAUGACAACUUGAGUGAAUGUAAAAUAACCUACGAUGGGCCAUCUGGUGGAAUGGAAUCUGCAGGAGCUGUAAAAAUCUUUGGACGCUCUGUUGAAAAACACCAAAUAAUGUACACAACUUACAUCGGUGAUGGAGACAGCAAAGCGUACAUCGCUGUCAGAGACUCGCAGCCUUACGAAAAGGUCAUAGAGAAACAUGAAUGUGUUGGACACGUCCAGAAACGUAUGGGCACAAGGCUAAGGAACAUAAAGAAGAACGAAAAGAGGAAAAAGCUGGCAGAUGGUCUGCCACUCUCCGGGAAAGGACGCCUCACAGAGAAGGACAUAGAUUCCAUUCAAGUAUACUAUAGCAAGGCUAUUCGGGGAAACACAGAAAAUUUGGAGAAUAUGAGACGAGCUGUAUGGGCGAUAUACUUUCAUAAGUUAUCAACAGAUACGAAGCCCAACCACGGAUUAUGCCCAAAGGGUCCAUCUUCAUGGUGUGGGUAUAACCGCUGCACUGUUGAGGGAAACCUUCAGACAUACUCCCACAAAAACUACAUUCCUGAGGCUGUGAUGGAAGUCAUCAAGCCAGUGUUCAAGGCAUUGUCAGAUCCAGCUCUUCUGACCAAAUGUCUUCAUGGACGAACACAGAACACAAAUGAAUCGCUGAACCAACUGAUCUGGUGCCGCUGCCCUAAGACCACGUUUGUCAGCGCUGACACAUUGAAAACAGCAACUAACGAUGCUGUGGCCUACUACGAUGACGGCAAUUCUGCACGAAAAGCUGUUCUGGAGGCCCUUGGAAUUGUUCCAGGCGUGUUUUGUGACAUUGCCCUAAAGAAGAUGGACAAAGAGCGCGUUGAAAGGGCAGAAUUAUACAACUCUGCCGAGAGCAAGGAAAGACGACUGAAAAAAAGGAACGCUAAGAAAGGUUUCAGAGACACCAGAAAGAAAGCCAAAAGCGAAAUGUAUUCUCCGGGAGCAUUUUGAGCAUCCAUAAGCAGUAUGUGAACAUAAAACUUCUUUUCUCAAAUUGCAUUUUUAUG